CUACUCCCUUGUCCUCUAGCUAUCAUCCGUCUUUUGCCGACGGUUUCCAUCUUAAAUUCUUAUUUUCUUUUCUUUCUGUAUCAUCGUUUCUUUUACUGAUUUUUAUAGGCAACGGGGAUCUUUUCUCUCUUUGAUCAAUCUUAUCGCGCCUGCAGGCAAGGUGACACGCUGGUCGUGUAAUUCAUAUCUUUGACUCCUGUCAUGCAAUCUACCAAAAUUCAAUAUUUACCGCAGUUGGUCCAGGCGUCAUCCAUGACCACACGCAAAAGAUGUCCCCCCACAGCCCUCCGCAUUGACACUCCUGCUGAACACAGUCCCCUUAUAGUCCUCGCAACCGACGAGGCUAGCUCUCCAUCUGCCCAUUCUUCCGCUUCCGAUUCCGCAUCAAGCCCUCAGCUUCUUGCACAUAAAAAACCAAGGUCCCUCAGAAACAUGAAAAAUCUCUCAAUUAAUCUUCCAUCGGCUCAAUCUUCCUCAAAUUCUCUCGCCUCACCACUCUCUGAUACUCUCAGCGCUGUCGACACACAGCAAGACGUCCACCAGAGUAUUCGUCCGAGACGGCCAUCUGUCCUCUCCUUGCCAAAUACUGCUAUAACGACUGCCCUUCAUCGAACAGAUGAAGAUGGCUCUCCCACAGCACCAUAUACGAAUGGUCCCAUCCAAAUUCUUCCCGGGAUCUGGCUUGGUUCUGAGGACAAUGCGCGAGAUUGGCAAGGCCUCCUGGAGCGCCGGAUCAAAGCGAUCCUCAACGUUGCAAAAGAAGUCACAUCACCCUUUGAUUCUUCUGCUGCGCAACCCCUUCGACCCUUCGCAUCUACUCCCAAUCUUAGUUACAACGCAUCCAAGGCAAUGCAAUCGACGGCUUCGACAUAUUACCCUGCUCAUAUUCCAUCUGGGCGUCCAGGCAUGCAUUACUUGAAGUUGCCUUGGUCUCACGGACAGGCAGAUCUCGUUCAUGAAGGAUUUCCUACAGCUAUGGCUUUUGUAGAUGCUGCACUGAAUCGUCAAGAAGGCGUACUCAUCCAUUGUCAAUGCGGUAUCUCUCGCUCGGCCACAAUGGUCAUCGCUCUUGUCAUGCGCGCCGCUGCCAUGUGUUUACCUAACGUACCCCCUGAGGUGUGGCAGCUGAAAGGCAUGCAAGCCGCAUACUCGUUUGUAAAAGAGAAAAGUAAGCACGUUGGUCCAAAUAUGUCUCUCAUUUACCAAUUAUUGGAAUAUGAAAAGGCCCUCAAAGGUGGCGGUCCCUCGCCCGCUGAAUCAGACAAGUCUUCUUUCAUCAGUGAAGAAGAAAAGGAGUGGGGUCGUCGCCGUAACGCGUACGGUAAUGAUGAAACGGAUGACCGAGACGAUGUUAUCCAACAGGAGGCUAAAGAUCUCGACCGGGCUAUGGAAGAACGCAUAAUAGCAAGGAAACCUUCGGUAUCCUCCGUUGCCUCGUCAUCGGGGGUGGGCAUGGGUCCGGCGUGGCGUAGCCGAUAUGGGCGCAAGCGAACUGGCUCAGUUGCCAGCAUCCAUACCACCGGCAGCGUCCUGAGCGAGGAUUUGGUUGAAGCGGAUGAAGAGCAAGAGCUCUUAGGAAUUGGUGGGGGCUUUGAUGAAGCCACCGAACCCCGAAGAAGUCCGUGUUUGUCAUUGUCCAGCGAAUCUCCUGGCGCAAGCGAACCUAGUACUCAACCUUCGUCUUGUAAAGCUCCACUCCAUCGCCCAUCCUUACGAAGCAAAUCGUUUGAUCCUGUGCCUUCUGCACCUGCAACGAAACUUGCGUUCAAUAUUCAUCCACCUCCAGCUACGGCAGUGCAAUCGACUUUCAACUUCCCUGCGGGCAAGGGCAAGCGGCGACCGCCACCGUUGGGCAUACUACCCCCAGUUCCCCCAUCCCCAAUCACACCCAUUGCUGUGCAAGAUAGUCAAGAGACACCUCGUACCCGUCGCCGGACGCCGGCUCGUAAACCAGCGCCACCCCCGCUCAAACUCCGCGGAAAUACCACUCAAUUUACAUUUCCCCCGAAAAUUACCCCACCUCGACAGCUUAUCGCUGCGACACCCUCUCAGACUCUGUUUGUCUUUCCACCUUCGCCCAGACAUGUCACGACCGCAUUGCGCACGCCAUCCACUAUGACUGUAACAUCUAAUGUACAGAACAUCGCCUACCCAUUCCCAUCGGCACACACCCCUCGAGUAUCCACCUCCCGCUCUCAUGGUCGUGUGAGGUCUUUCAUUGGCGUCGGGACUUCAUUGGCGCCGACAACGGCGUAUUCCCGUGUCGAUGCUCGAGGUUGGGUUGGGUUGGAAUAAAUGAUAGGUCUGUGACCCUGUUUCCUUUCAUUCAUGAAUGCGUUGGCAGAAAGGCAUAAAUGACGCAUGUUGUAUCACCCAUUUUGAUCUGUUACGUAGGCAGUUAUUCGCAUUUCGUUUUUGUCCCUGUUUUCACAUUCGCAUUCAUUGCUUUCAACUUCGUGUUCAUUGUUUUCA